UGUUGUUACCUGUCAAAACCAUUAUUAUUUUAGUUCUAACCUAAAAAUUCAGAAGAGAUUAUUUUCAAAGUGCAAAUUACAACUACAUAAUGCCGACUUACGAAUUAGCAUUAAUGUUGCGUACUAUGCCAAAGGCAGAGUUGAAAACGACGCUGAAAAGAGUUUCACACCACAUAUUUAGCCGUGGUGGGAUUAUCAGGAACAUUGAAAAUUUGGGUUUUCGGGCAAUGCCUUACAAAACCAGUGCCCAUGGAGUUGUGCAUCGGGAAGCGAACUAUUUCGUGUUUAAAAUCGAUACUCCAACAAGAGUAGUAGCUGACCUUAAAGAAGAAUAUGGUAGAGAUGUGGAUAUCAUAAGACAAAGAGUGUUCAAAGCGACAGAAGAAACUAAUACCAACUGUACCCUGGAGAAAGAGUUGCUGCCACCCGCCUACCGCAAGGAAGUACAGAACAUGAUAGAAGAGGGCAAAACUCAGGUCAACAAAUUCACAUACAAGUUUAAUUACAAUUCAGGUUUGGAUUAUUAUCCUUUCCAGAAAUAAGCAACUUCUACCACAUAAACCUAUCUAGAUUUGUAAUUAUAAUAGUGUAAAUAAAGUAGUUGUAUUAAAUUAAAA